AUGUCCGUGCGCGUCCGACUGUGCGCCCGCUCCAGCUGGCCCUACUUUCACGUGCACUUACAGCGCGGCAUGACCUCGCUGCGCGGCAACGCUGAGCUGCGCCGACUGCCGGCGCACGUGCGCCACACGCUGGGCCAGAUGCUGGCGAUGCGCGGUGCCUGGAGGACGCUGAUGGGUCGCGUGCGCCGGCCCGGCUCGAACGUGGCCCUAUUCACCAACGAGCAUGUUCAGCUGGUGAGCGAAGAGAGCGCGCGCAGCGGCCGCAGUGAGACGGACGUGUUGCUGGACGAGUGGGGCACCUGGGGCCGACGACACGAGCGUCCCACCGUCGACGACCUGGUGAUGCUGCUGACCGAGCUGAGUCUAUACCGCGCCGCCGACUACAUCAACGUCAACGUGCUGGAGGGUGAGAGGCGGACGGCGUCGGGCCAGGAGCUGGAGCGGAGCCCGGAGGAACCGGAGCUGGAGCCGGAGCCGGAGCUGGGCCCGGAGCCGGGACCGGAGCCGCCGGCGGACAUACGACACUUCAGCUUCGCCUACCUGGAGAAGAUCACGAACGAGUUCGACGACCGUGCUGUAGCGGCGGGCGGCUGCCGGCUGGGCGCCGGCGCCUACGGCACCGUCUACCUGGGCACCUGCGAGACGGCCGAACGGCUGGCCGUCAAGCGACUCGUGGCGGACGUCGAGGCCGUGCGCCGCCAGUUCCGCACAGAGGUCGAGGUCAUGUCCAGUUUCAGGCACGUUAAUCUGCUGGAGCUGUUGGGGUUCUCCUGUGAUGGCGCGUACAACUGUUUGGUGUACAGCUACAUGGUCAACGGGUCGCUGCAGGAUCGCUUGGCAUGCAAGGAGGACUCGCCGCCUCUGGCAUGGGAGCGUCGGCUGGCGAUCGCGGUGGGCACGGCGCGCGGCGUGGUCCACCUGCACACGAGCCGGGAGCGGCCGCUCAUCCACCGCGACAUCAAGUCCGCCAACAUCCUGCUGGACACCGACUUCACACCCAAGGUGGGUGACUUCGGUCUGGCGCGCGAGGUGAGCGGCAGCAGGACGACCAACACCCUGCUGACCACCACGGUGCUCGGCACCUCGGCCUACAUGCCGCCCGAAGCCUUCCGCGGCGACGUCUCCGUCAGGCUGGACAGCUUCAGCUUUGGCAUCGUACUGCUGGAGCUUCUGACGGGUCUGCCACCUUACGACGAGACCAGGGAGGGGUUUGACCUGCUGUCGCACGUGGAGGACCACGUGGACGAGACGAGCCUGCACGAGACACUGGACGGACGGGCCGGCCCGAUCCCGGCCGAGCACGCCGAGGCCUUGUACCGGUUGGCGGUGCGCUGCACCGAGGAGAAGCGACACCGGCCGGUCAUGGGCGACGUGCUCCAGCAGCUGCAGCAGAUUCAGUGACGGAGCGACCACAGCCGCGUCGCGCUGCAAGUGACGCAACAUCCGCUGAUCGUCGGCGGUCGGGACAAACAGCAAACGAACAGCAAACAAAAGCGGUCUCCGCUCUGCCGGACACGAGUGGACGGGGCCUGGAGCAGUGGCUGCAACGGGCGUGACAACGAAACCUCAGCUGCUCUGCCCUGAGGGAAAAUACAGCGACCCGUGAUGUAAACUGGAAGGGACGGGACAGUAGCUGGAGAUGGAAUAAGCAAGCCGGAUGUCAACAGAAGACGCCAGUGCCAGGUCAUCGCUUCAUUUCCCUUUGGGGGGAUAUUGGAGUGUUUAAUGUUGCCUGGUGUGGAGUGGCACGGCUGGAGGGCCGCUGCGCGGCGCGCCUCUGAGCACUCGGUCCGCCUGAGCGCUGGACUUCCAGAUCCCGUAUAUCCACCCUGGCAGUCAUGUAUUCGGGUGGAAUGACUCAAAAUGCCGCGACUUGGUUAUAUGCGUGAAAACUGAGUUUUGUAGUGAGGUUUAUAUGCUUUCUCCGCCGGUGAUGGAUGCGUUCACUUGGAUUUGUAUUUUCUCUUCGAUAAAACAUUUGUGAUCAGCAUGAUAGUGAACGGAUUGCUGUGGGCUUUGAAGGUCCGCGUUUGUAGGGAAUGUGCGCCCUUGUGCAUAUCGUUUUCCAGAGGGAAUGACUAUGAACGUGUGUAUAUCGCUUUUCUGAACACUGACA